AUAGGGGCUAGGAUCAAAAAGAGAUAGAUGGCUUUCUGGAGGAAUGCUGCUGCGUCCGGCACGGGAGUUCAGCGCUGCGAAGACGUCGGAGUUGAAGGCUGCGAAGAUGCUCGGAACAGUCAUGUUCCAGAUCGGUCGUUGGUGCUAGGGCUUGGGACAGGACGGAUGAGGGGAGAGGUGAACUGUGAAUCGCCUGUGCCUCGAGGGACGGUGCAGCUUCUGCCACCACACCUUCACCCAGUGCGGGAUGAGGGGGCGGGUGUGUAUGCGAGGGACUAUGUGAUCGACGAAGGUCGGCACUUCCAUGGAGGGGGGCAUGGCGCAACCCAGGGACACCGCGCGUGGGGUAAUCAAUCGUUGGAGACGGUGUUGGAUGAGGCACAGGAGUAUGGAAUGCCGCGCAUUCACCAGGCCGUCCAGCCACCACGCCACAUGGAUCCUUCGCAUCACAUGGAGGCAGCACACGGCGCCCAGCCACCACGUCACAUGGAGCCUUCGCAUCACAUGGAGGCAGCACACGGCGUCCAGCCACCUGGUCACAUGGAGCCUUUGCAUCACAUGGAGGCAGCACACGGCGUCCAACCACCACGUCACAUGGAGGCAUCACACGGGGUCCAGCCACCACGUCACAUGGAGCCUACGCAUCACGUGGGGGUAGCAAGCGCUCCCAUGAACUUGCAGGCUCCCAUAAACUUGAACACUCCAGUGAACUUGCAUGAUGGCAAUGUUCAUCCUCAGACUCUUGUCCAUCCUCAUGUGGGAUUUAGCGAUUUCAGCACUGUCUCUACGGGGAAUGGGACUGUGCAUGAUGUCGAUGUGAUUCAUCGCCAGGUGAUGGCAGGUUUGGUCGGUGGAACACACGGCUUCGCACAUAGAGCUUGGGGGGGUAUGCCAACUGUUGGACCAGCUCAUCACACUUCUCCUGCGGCAUGUGGUAACUCGCCACUGAACGGCUCACCGAACCAGCAGUCACAAGGAUCGUCAACAGUGACUGCCUUCACAAACUCGCCGCCUGCAGUGUGCAUGCCGUCUCGCGGACAAGCGAGCUGUACACAACAGCUGAUGGCGGACCAUUCUGCUGCAGGUGCAGCGGGGAGUUCCCCCGUGCCUGACAGCGAAGCAGCUGCAGUGGUAGGGGGGAAAAGGAAAGGUGUUGGAGGACGAGGGCGUGUAAAGCGAGCAGCUGCAUCCAAGGCAGCGGACACCUUAUCAAUGCUGAUGGCCAGCUCUGACAAUGAAGCAGUGGAAGCGACUGCACCGAGGGCUGCAGCAAACAUGCCGGGGGGUGAAGUCACUGCGCCGGGAGCUGCAGCAAACUCCGAAAGAGGUGACGCGGCAGUGAAGGGUGGGGGCAUCGAGGCAGCGAAGGGUGGCGGUGACACGGCAGCAAAGGGUGGGGGCGACAAGGCAGUGAAGGUCGGGGGUAAGUGGACGGAGGACGAGAGUGUCACACUCGUGCAUGUGAAGUCAGAGUUUGAUAUGGAGAUGGUGCGGAACUCUGUGGGCAUCGCUCAGAAAUCCAAGCCCGACAAAGAGAAGUGGGAGGUCGUUUCAAAGCGGCUGGGUGAUAGGGGUGUUCACAAGAGCGGGGCGGAAGCGAAGCGGAAGUGGGAACAAAUAAACUACUACCAUGAUGACCCGUCGGCCAAUCCCAAGAACUUGUUGGACAAUGGUGUGCCCGUGGGCCCACAAUCGGCUGGCAGCGCAUCUGGCAAUGCAUCUGGCAGCGGGCAUGCCGAGGCAGGUUAUCCGGAUAGCAUGGCGGAGAAUGCUCGCUUGGGGGCAGGCAGGCGGAGGAAGAGCGCUCGAGAGGGUGCAAUGGGUGAGGUAAGGGUUAUGGUGGGGGGUCAUGGGGAGACUAUGUCCGCUGCAGUGCGUGAUGCUGCUAAGCUGCAGUCCGAUGAUCGGGCGAAGGCAAAUGCUGAGUUUUCUCAACUGGUUGCAACAUUGACAUCGACACUUGACAAGAACAACGACAAGCUAUGCAGCACGCUAGACGGUCUGAGAACGAGUUUUCGCGAUGGGCCGUAGUGAGCAUCAGAACCGAGCCAUCCAGGAGAACAUGCGCAGCUAAUUUGUUGCAUCAUAUUACUGAUUCUUUUCAUUCUAUAUGUCGUUACGCUUUGAUCAGCGGCGAUAAUUACAAUAAAGAGCAUUAUUGGUU